CUGGGACAAAGUCAAGUCAUAGAAGGAUCCUUGAAGCAGAGGAAUACUGGUUGUGCAUUUACUCCAGGAGAGAACCGCAUUCAAACGAUGACAUCCCCCGUGAAAGCGGGCUUUCACAGAUUCGAGAUUCAGAAGACAACCUGGCAUGUCCCUGACAAAUACACGUCUUUACAACCCAUUGGCUCCGGUGCUUAUGGAACAGUGUGUUCUGCUAUCGACCAGAAGACAAAAGACAAAGUGGCCAUAAAGAAGCUGUAUCGCCCAUUUGAAUCAUUGAUUUUUGCAAAAAGGGCUUACAGAGAAGUCCGACUGCUCAGACAUAUCCAGCAUGACAACGUGAUCUCCCUCUUGAACAUCUUCACACCUGAUUCUACGCUGGAGAAAUUCCAAACUUUUUACAUGGUGAUGCCCUUUGUGGCACAGGAUCUCAGUCACAUCAUGAAGAGAAAGAGACUGACGGACCGAAUCAUCGCCUAUUUAUUCUACCAAAUACUACGGGGACUAAAGUACAUCCAUUCUGCUGGAAUUAUCCAUCGGGAUCUCAAGCCUGGUAACCUGGCGGUCAAUGCAAAUUGUGAAUUAAAGAUCUUGGAUUUUGGUUUGGCUCGACACACAGAGACAGAGAUGACUGGGUAUGUGGUGACACGCUGGUACAGGGCUCCAGAAGUCAUCUUCAACUGGAUGCACUACAGCCAAACAGUGGACGUGUGGUCUGCAGCGUGCAUUCUGGCUGAGCUGAUCACUGGCCAGGUGCUUUUUCCUGGAGAUGAUAGCAUUGAUCAGCUGAAGAAGAUCCUGAGAGUGACAGGAACCCCCCAGUCCUCCCUGAUCCAGAAAAUGCAGAGUGAAGAUGCACGCUCAUAUGUGCAGUCCCUACCCGUUCACAAGAAGAAAGACUUAAGAGAGGUCUUCCCCUCGAUGGAUGCUAAAGCGGUGGACAUGCUGGAGGCCACGUUGCUGUUGGACCCCGAGACCAGGAUGACUGCUGCACAGGGCCUCUCUCACCCCUACCUGUCUGAGUUCCAUGACCCCGAGGCUGAGCCCGAGUCUCUCCCGUACGACGACUCCUUUGAGAGCCUGGAGUUGGAUACGAGCGAGUGGAAGAGUCUCAUCCACAUGGACAUUAUGACCUUUGACCCCAACAACCCCAGGGAGACUGCAACAUAGCAUUGCAUAAUGCCACAUAAUUGCAGUGUGGCUGCAGCCUUUUAUAGGAUAGGGUUUUAAGAAAA